AAAAGCGCAUAGGCAAGAAUAAAAGUGAGAAUUAUGUUGCUAUAAGAGUGACAAUGUCAACGUACGCCACAUCAGAUACACCGCUACCAUCCACUAUCUUUGCUGAGGAAUUAACGACUAGCAUCAUACCCACCGUUACCAAGAUUGACACACGAUUGGACAUCAGUCCUGUCUCAGUUAUUCUGGCGAUCUCCAUAGUGUGCAUUCUCUCACCUAUCACCGUUACUAGUAACUCCAUCAUCUUAGCAGUCUUCUACAGGUACAAAAGACUCAGGACUGCUUCCAAUUGCCUUUUAGUCUCGUUGGCAAUUAGCGAUUUUGGGAUCGGCGUGUUUAUGCCAGUCGGGAUGCAGCUGGAGCUCUCCGGUCUACCAGAAAACGGCAUUUCCGCUCUUUGCAUUGUACCGUAUUGCAUUGUGAUCGCGCUCUGUAGUGUGAGUGUCCUAGUCACCGUGGCCAUCGCGGUGGACCGUUUGACUUCGUUGGCGCAACCAUUGCGAUACAAGAACAUUAUCACCCACAGCAGCGUAGAAAAAUACAUCGCGGUCUUUUGGAUAUAUGCGAUCGCUAUUGGUCUUUCGCCUCUCAUCUAUGCUCAGAUCAUCGGAGAGAUGCAAUCGCACAGCGGGAACUGCAGGUUCGACGCGGCCGUGUUACCACCAGUUAGAGUAUUUCUGGUCGUGGCAGUUUGGGCACCGAGCGCUCUGGUUCUACUGUGUUGUUACAUGUAUGUCUAUUUUGUCGCGCGUGCACACGCGCGUGCGAUUUACACAGUAGAAUUAUCAUUUAGACAUCAGACGCAGACAAUGGCACUGCCUCGUUAUGGACAAACGUUAGCAGUUACAGUUGGUGCAUUUUUUAUUCUGUGGCUUCCAUUCCAAACUUGCAUGCUGGUGGACAUUUUCUAUGGUACCAACAUUCUAUCGGAAUGGGCGGUGGUGUGGUUAGGUUUGCCAAUUCUUGCGCACAGUGGUGCGAAUCCCUGGAUCUAUGCUUUUCAUCAUGGUGAGAUGCGCAUUGCCGCCGGAAAAAUUGCUGAAGAUCUGGUCGCUCUGUUUGGUAUGACGACAGGCCGUUACGGCCGUUCACCGACAAGAUGCGGUACCAACACGAACCUUGAACUAGCCGAAGUAAAUUAUGAUGAAGAGAGCAACGAAAGCAGACAGCAUCCGCCCAUAGAGAAUAAUUGCUUUACUGCUACCAAGCACCACAACACUCUUUAUAAUAAAAAAUGUUUAGAAAUAUCGGGUAGGCAUGCUGAUAUUAUGCCCGUGAAGCAUAACAUCGAACAUAUUGCGUCCUGCAACAGUCGACCGGGCGACAUCAUAGAGGAAAAUAUUCACGAUCUGACGAAGAUGCUCGAUCCAAGUUAUAUCAUUUACCGGAAUCACGUUAUCGACUCUAAUCACAACAUUGACAAGAUCAAAAAUCUCAAGUAUUUGCUGGAUCCGACCUUCAAUAAGAUUAGGCAUUUACGACGAUUGAAUCACAAACGAAUAAACGGGAAGAACUUGUCGUUGAUUUUCGAGUCGGAGAAAUUUAUAUCUUAUCAGAACUUGAAGAGCGACGGCUCACACAGUAAUCGUAAGUUUCUUCCGUUGAAUGCCCUGUCGGAUCCGAUACUAAAUGUCGAUACUUCCAUAGUAGACUCGAACCAAGUAAUGUUCCGCGUAAAUAACGUUUCCUAUCAAAGACGGAAUCCAAACUUGACCAGAUCAGAUUCAAAUCUCAGAACGGUAACUGUGCAUACUUCCGAGGUAGGCACGAGAUUCUUGCCGACAAGUGACAACGGCACAGAAAAACACGGUUACUCCGUGCAACAUCACAAUUACGGAUACGAGGACGCAUUAGCGAGGCACGCAAUGGUGCUCUGCCAACAGAUGGAGGCUCAACAGAGAGAAACUUUUAACAAGGCUUCUCAUUCGCGACCUAAGUUUCGUUAUUUUGGACGCGUGAAUCCGAAUCUAAAGCAUAAACUGAGAAACGGUUGCUCCUCCUUAUCAGCAUCUGGUAAUGUCAGGAGAAGCUACGAGACAGAUACCUUGAAGCGAAAUGUGAACCCGCACCUAACUAUUACGUCGAACAAAUUAGCCAAUCUUAUUAACCUAGACUACUCACCACCGAGAAACGGGCACACACCCGCGCACAUAAAUUCUGCUGCCAAAACCAUGACGCAAACUUAUAGAAAUUUGGAGGUGUUGAAGUAUUCCGAGUCGAUUAAUGCAAUCAGCGAUCCAGUGAUGCACCGAGUAACUAUGUUGGAGCCUUCCAACUUGAUGGAUUCGUUGGUUGUUCCGACGAUACACUCAGAACCGCUGAGUCCCAUAGAUCCUCUCCCCAUAGCCGAAGAGAUAUCUCUUCGACCUGAAGAGAUGCAAAGUCUCGAGAUUCCGAGAUCUGUCGUGGACGUCAUCGCGCAACGCGUUAGAUCGCCUCUAAAUAAAAGAAGCAGUCCCGUGAGACGUCCCAUUCCCAUAGUACCACCCGUGUUACUAAAUAUCGAGGACUUGAGCGAACCAUUCGAACAAGGUGAUGAUCAAAUUCUGAGUCAAAAGUGCGACCCUCCAACUGGUAAUACAUCGACAUUGGAGCCGAUUGAUUUUUUCGAGGCAUUGCUGAGGAACUCGGACAAAGAUAGAGAAACGAGAUUACCAGAACCUAUUUUCGCCGAGCACGAUUCCACUAGGUUUAGCUCAAGACGUCCAUCCGACUCAAAGUGGUCCGAGUCUUCUAGGAGCCAGGAGGUCUUAUCGAGUGCCACGAUGGAGUACCAAACCACGUUCCCAUUGUCCUAUUCGGUCAACGACUUUCAGACUUGUAACAGUGGCAGCGAUCUCAACGAUCUCACCUCCCUGGACCCCUUCAUGUGUCCUGACGCUCUGACGUCAUCUCUGCGCGAGUCCUUCUUUAGCGCACCAUCAAUGCCUGACUCGGACAUAUUCACGUCUUUUGAGGAGAGCUACGAGCCGGUUUUUAUGCCCGAUUCCGAACGGGACACAUUGGCGUACAGUUCGAUGUCAACAAUGAAUUUAAAGAGGUGUGCUAUAGAAGCGGUUUAUCAAAGUAGAUCUACGGAAUCGGUGCACCGUGUCAGGCAUCCCUCGACACGAUCCUGCACGAUUCUUAGAGUAGAACCAGCCGUACAUUCGAAUAGAUUGCGCGUCAGACCUUGUACGGAUUACAUCUUGAAGGAUCCGCCCACGCUGGUUAAGAAAAACGCGCCGCGUCUGGCGCCUCUUGCCAUCCCCACACCCACCGAUAUUUGCACUCCCACGUUUGAUAUCGUAUCGGAAAUUAAAAGCGAUAACGGUAUUGGCGUCAGAGUUUAAAUCGUUCUGAUGAUAAAUAGAGAAUACAAAGAAAGAGGAAAAAGAUCCAGAGAGUAUGCAAAAGUUGUAUAAUACCAGGACGGUUUUAUAUGCCAGACAUC